AUGAGCACACGUGCAGUGACACUGACGGUACAGGAGGAUGGACUGACGAGCAAGUACCGUGCAGCUGCGGCAUGGCGGGCGGCGCGGGCGGCCGAGGCCAAGGCAGCCCGCGAGGCUGCGGCCGAAGCUGCGCGAAAGGCGGCGGCGACGGCGGCGGCUGAGGCCGAGGCAGCACGGGCGCGCGCCGAGGCCGAGGCCAAGGCUGCGGCGGAGAAGGCUGUUGCGGCUGAGGCUGAGGCCAAGGCUGCUGCUGCUGCUGCAGCGGCGGAGACAGCGGCGGCCGAGGCGGCGACAGCGACAGGCUGCGGCAGCGGCGAGGUCGGGAGCAAGCGGCGACGCGAGGACAGCGAUGAAGGCCGUGGCGAUGGCGGAGGGGCGGCCAAGGUGGCCAAGGGCCUGGGCGAUGGCGAUGUGGGCGAGGGAGGGCGCGGGAAGCGGGCGCGGGAGGAUGCCGAAUACACGGUGUAUGUGGGCGGGCUAUCGCGCGAGACAACGCGGCAGAGCGUGUACCAAGCCUUCUCGCAGUUUGGCGACGUGCUCGAGUUCCGCCAAAUCCCCGACAAGAACUACGGCUUUAUCACCUUUGACAAGAAGGAUGCCGUCCAGCGCGCCAUCGCCGCCAUGCACUGCACCAUCUUUGAAGGCUCGUUCAUCAGAGUCAACUUUGCCCACGGAUCCGGCAAGUCCGGGACCGAGGACCCCAUGGCUGGCUCGUCGACCACCUUCCGCAUCGACCAAGGCGGCUCCACGCCGGCAAAGUCCGCCCCACCGCACACCGGCUACACACCCAGCACAAGCCGGACCGAGACCGCGAGCUACGCCCCGGCAUCGCCCAGCUACGGCGCCACGUCCGCACCUUACGUCCCGGCCGGCGUACCACCGGCAUCCGGCUACGCGCCGUCGUCUCCCAAACACGCGCCGUCGUCACCCACCACUGGCUUUACACCUGCAACCGAGACUGCGAGCUACGCCCCGUCGUCGCCGGCCUACGCGCCGUCGUCUCCAGGCUACGCGCCUGCGGCCAGCCGCACUGGAUUUGCGCCAUCUUCACCCACCUACGCACCGUCAUCGCCGACCCACGCCCCUGCGGCGGCAGAGCCGACUGCCGGCUUUACGCCUGCGGCUACGCCAGGCUUCACCCCCGCUGGGCAGGCCGGCUUUACACCCGCCACGGAGCCGUCAGGCUUCACCCCGUCAUCGCCGACCUACGCGCCCUCAUCACCAGGCUAUGCGCCUGCGACGGAGACACCCAGCUUUACCCCGUCAUCACUCGGCUACGCUCCUGCCUCGAGCUCUGCCGGCUUUACCCCGUCGUCACCGACCUACGCACCAACGUCACCGAGCUACGCACCCGCCGCCGACAAGCCCCAGACCAUGGACAUCGCCAAGGCCCCCGAUAACUAA